UCUUAAUCUUGGUAUGGUUCUCUCUGAAGAGGCUGGUAAUUAUACUUGCGUGGCUAAUGUUUCGUCUUCAUUCAUUGAUACUGGAUAUAAUCUCAUUGUGUCUAAUACCACACUAAUCACUGUGUCAAUGCCUGAGCCUAAUUCAGUUGUGUUGGCUCUUAACUACCUAUCUCCACCCUAUUACGCUGGUCUCAGACGUGACCUUCAAUGCUCCAUUGAUUCAUUAUACAUACAUGGUGAUCCUACAGUCACAGUCAGCAUUGAUAUACUAUUCAAUGGGACAAUAGUUCCUUCUGGUAUUUCUUCUAAUGGGAGGAAAAACCUACAAGAGUUAUCAAGUAAUCCUAGUGGAGGGCAGUAUAGAAGGACUUUGCAAUUUCAAUAUUUUGUGUCUUCUGCGGACUCUGGUAUAUACACUUGCAUGGUCAACGUGUCAUCGAAUUAUUUAUCAAGUUAUAUUGUCAAUGCUUCUAUUAGCAGGCCCAAUGAAUAUAACAUUGUUG